AUGGCGAACCGUGUCGGGCCGUCCGACGCGGCCAAAAAUAUCUGGACGGAGGAAAUGGAAGCCAAGCUGCUCUCGGGCGAGCUGGACUUGCUGGUGCAUUGUCUGAAGGAUAUGCCGACACGUCUACCGGUUGGCUGUGCGCUGGGGGCCAUUGUGCAUCGCGAGGAUCCCACCGACGCAUUUGUGGUGAAGGAGUCUCUGAGAGGACAGUACUCCGAUCUGGCGCAGUUGCCGCCGGGAUCAGUGGUGGGGACUAGUUCCACGAGACGAAAGGCUCUGCUGGCACUUAGAUAUCCUCAGUUGGUGGUUGAGGAAUGUCGCGGGAAUCUUGAUACUCGACUCCGAAAGUUAGAUGAUCCAAACGGCACUUAUGCGGCCAUCAUUGUCGCGACAGCCGGACUGGUCCGCAUCGACAUGGCGCACCGUAUCACAAAGCGCCUACCGCCAUCGGAGUUCCCCUACGCUGUCGGUCAGGGGGCACUCGGUAUCGAAGUGCGAGAGCACGAACCCCGCACCCAGACCAUGAUCCAGCGGAUCGAAGAUCCCCUCGUUAGAAAGAUGUGCAUAGCGGAGCGGUCGCUGCUUCGCACCCUCCAGGGCGGCUGUUCGUCCCCGGUCGCUGUAAAUUGUACUACCGAAACUCCAGAGCCCUCUGCUUCUCUGUCUGUAGCUCGUUUACGACUUGAAGGUACCAUUAUUCAUCCUCAGGGCACCGGUCAGGUAUCAGCCUGGGCAGCGGCGGAUGUGGGUGACGACAAUGCCGCGGAGGUGCUGGGUGCUGAAGUCGCGAGGCGGUUAUUGGAGGAUGGGGGGAAGGCCCUGUUGGAAGAGAUUUCUCAUUUCUACAAGAACCAAUCCGUUUGA